CGGCCUGCUGGACCUUUAUGUGAAGACGGUCCUGAUGAGCAAGUCCAAGCCUCAGAACCACAUCCUGGAGAGGUGCGCCCCCGUGCUUCGCCACGUCAGCCACGCCGAGUUCAAAGAGCUGCUGCUGCCCGCCCUGCAGAAGUCCCUCCUGCGCAGCCCGGAGAACGCCAUGGAGACGAUUUCCAGCCUGCUGUCCUCCGUGACCCUUGACCUCAGCCAGUAUGCCAUGGACAUCGGUAAAGGCCUGGCCAGCCAGCUGAAGGCCAAUAACCCAGCCCUGAUGGGGCAGGCGGUGGUGGCGCUGCGGAACCUGGCCCAGCAGUGCAGCGACCCGUCCGCCGUGCAGGACCUGCUGACCCAGCUCUUCAGCAUCUUGGGAGGGUCGGAGGGCAAGCUGACGGUGGUGGCGCAGAAGAUCAGCGUCCUGUCAGGCAUCGGGAGUCUCAGUCACCACGCCGCCUCGGGCGGCUCCAGCCAGGCCCUCAGCACCAGAGUGGUGGAGCUCUUCAUCCCCUUCCUGCAGCAGGAAGUGCACGAGGGCACCCUGGUCCAUGCGGUGGGCGUGCUGUCGCAGUGGGCGGGCCGCCUCAGCGUGGAGGUGCCGGCGGCGCUGCUGGCCUGGCUGAAGAAGGCCUUCACCCUGAAGACCAGCACCUCGCCCGUCCGCCACGCCUACCUGCAGGGCAUGCUGGGAGCCUUCAAAGGAGACACGCUGCCCCAGGCCGUGGAGCUGCUGCCCCUGCUGACCCAGACGGUGGAGAAGGCCGCCGCCCAGCCUACCCAGCAGGCCCUGCUCUGCGAGGCCGUGGCGGCCGCGGUCCUGCUGAGCCGCCUCUGCCUGCUGGACACGCUGACGGCGAUCACGCCCAUCCUGCUGGACGCCCUGACUGACCCCUCGCGCAAGACGCACGUGUGCCUGCAGACGCUGCUGGACACCAAGUUCGUGCACUUCAUCGACGCGCCCUCGCUGGCGCUCAUCAUGCCCAUCGUGCAGCGCGCCUUCCAGGACCGCUCCACCGACACGCGCAAGAUGGCGGCGCAGAUCAUCGGCAACAUGUACUCCCUCACCGACCAGAAGAAGCUGGACGCGGCCAGCCAGCUCGCCCUGAUCGACGACCUGCACCGCGACCUGCGGCUGGUCUCCGGCGAGGUCAAAGGUCAACACCUGCCCGGCUUCUGCCUGCCCAAAAAGGGCGUGACGUGCAUCCUGCCCGUGCUGCGCGAGGGCGUGCUCAACGGCGCCCCCGAGCAGAAGGAGGAGGCGGCGCGGGCCCUGGGCCUCGUGAUCCGCCUGACCUCGGCCGACGCGCUGCGCCCCUCCGUGGUCAACAUCACCGGCCCGCUCAUCCGCAUCCUGGGAGACCGCUUCAGCUGGAACGUCAAGACGGCCCUGCUGGAGACGCUGACCCUGCUGCUGGCCAAGGUGGGGAUCGCCCUGAAGCCCUUCCUGCCCCAGCUGCAGACCACCUUCCUGAAGGCCCUGCAGGACUCGAGCCGCGCCGUGCGCCUGCGGGCCGCCGAGGCGCUGGGCCGCCUGGUCACCAUCCACAGCAAGGUGGACCCCCUCUUCAGCGAGCAGCUCUCGGCCAUCCGCAACGCAGACGACUCCGGGGUCAGGGAGACCAUGCUCCAGGCCCUGAGGUUUGUGAUCCAGGGCGCGGGCGGGAAGGUGGACCCCACGAUCAGGAAGAACAUCACCACCACGCUGCUCAGCAUGUUGGGACACGACGAGGAUGCGACGCGCAUGUCCUCGGCAGGCUGCGGCGCUCUAACCCCGCCCCUCGCCCCUGCAGCGGACGUGUCCGGGGUGGACUGGAUGGUGCGUCACGGGCGCAGCAUGGCGCUCUCGGUGGCGGUGAAGGCCGACGCGGCCCGUCUGUGCGGCGAGGAGUACCGGUCGGCGGCGCUGGACACCAUCAUGGCCAACGCCACCGCGGACCGGAUUCCCAUAGCGACCAGCGGGAUCAGAGCCAUGGGCUUCCUGAUGAAGCACCAGGUGGACACCGAGGGGGGCGCCAGCGUGUCUCCCAGGAUCACCACGCACUUCGUCAAGUGCCUGCAGAACUCGUCCAGCGAGGUCCGGCUGGCGGCCGAGCGCGUGCUGUGGUGGGUGUGCCGGGACCCCGCCAGCCCCGCGCUGGAGCCCCCCAUGGUCAAGCCGCUGCUGAAGGCGCUGCUGGACAACACCAAGGACAAGAACACGGGCGUGCGGGCGCAGAGCGAGCACACCAUCGUCAGCCUGCUGAGGCUGCGGCAGGAUGCUACGCUGGUGGUGCUGGGAGUCAUCCUGUAG